AUGUCUGUCCUCCCGUUCGUGCGGGGGGUGGACUUCUCGCGGAACCAGUUCAAAGUGAGUUUAGUUCCACAGAAAGCGUACAGCGAGCACCCAAACUCUUACUAUAUCAUCAAUGACUGCUCUCUCUGCAAUACUGAUACAGCUGGACCAGUUUCAAACAAAGAUGGCGGAGAGAUGAGCAAUCUGAGAUGGCUGAGGUUGAAUCGUAGUCAACUUGGCAGUCUACCAGACGAGAUUGACCAGUUCCAGAAACUGGAGGUUCUGACUAUUGCCCACAACAAGAUGACAGCUCUCCACAGCGGAAACCUACCGGCUCUCUCCUCUCUCCGGGUGGUGAGCGUGUCACACAACAAUCUCAGAGACUCUGGGCUCCCUUCCGAACUCUUCACCUUGAAGGAACUCCACACCCUAGACAUGAGCUACAACAACCUCACCAAGAUACCGGACGAACUCCUCAAGUCAAAGAGUCUCAUCGUUCUUGACCUCAGUCACAACAAGGUCUCCACCAUCCCUGGAGCUCUGUUGAUCCAGUUGACUGGCGUGGAGUACUUUGACCUCAGCCACAACGAGCUCCAGUCACUUCCACCACAGCUGCGGAGAAUGGAGCACCUGAAACACCUGAAUGUGGCCAACAAUCCUCUCCAACAUUAUGCCUUCAAAGUUUUGGAUAAACUGACAAAUCUGACUAGUCUCAACCUAUCUGCAACUGGAAGAGAUUUCACCAACCUGCCUCACAUCGACAAACUCGUAAACCUAACAGGUUAGUUAGUCACUCAGCCUGAUGACUACACUAUUAUGACACAUGUACCCAAACAGACCAUUUA